AUGACAAAAAUAUCUUGCGACCUCUACCGAGGACCGCCGCACCUCUGUCGGAGCUUGCAGCAACCAGUGACCGCCGCCGUUAGCCUCCUCCACCGGCCGCCACCAUCGGCAACCGCUGACCGUCGCCGGUCACCGGCAAACGGCGACAACGACAACCGUCGACGGCGGCGGCCAAAGGUGGCUAGCGGCGGUGACGGGGGGUGCGCUGGUCGCCGGCGGCAGGCGAUGGUCACAGCGGUCAGCGGUGGUCGCGGGCGGUGGGGGUGGGCAGUAGUGGUCGCGAGCGGCGGGGGUGGGCGGCGGUGGUCGCCGACGGUGGUCGCCGGCGGCGGCCGGCGGUGGUCGCCGACGGCCGGCGGUGGUGGUCGUCGGCGUCCGGCGGUGGUCGCCGGCCGGUGGCGGUCGGCGGCGGCGACCGGCGGCGGUGGUCGCCGGCGGCCGGCGGUGGUCGCCGACGGUGGUCGCCGGCGGCCGGCGGUGGUCGCCGGCGACGGGCGACGGUGGUCGCCGGCGACGGGCGACGGUGGUCGCCGGCGUUGGUCGCCGGCGUUGGUCGCCGGCGACGACCGACAGUGGUCACCGGCGACGGCCGAUGGUGGUCACCGAGCGACGACCGACGGUGGUCGCCGGCGGUGGCUGGCGGCGAGCGACGGUCACGGGUGGCGGCAAGACGCGGGCGCGGGUGGCGGCGAGAGGCGGGCGCGGGUGGCGGCGUGCAACGGCCGCGGUGGACUAAGGGUAUAUUCAACAUUUUAA